GGGGAGAGUAGUGUCUGAUAGUGAGCCAGUCGCGUGCCGCCGGCCAACCCAAGGCUUGGUUAGGAUGUGCUCUGCUAAUCGAAAGUAGCUUGAAUUUUGGCGGGUGACGAGAUAGUAUGGUGGUGGCCAUGACACACGUGGUCGACGUAAAACCGCGAGUGAUAUCGGCCGAAGUGAAACGCAGGAAUGUACUCGACGUGACUUCCGUUGGACACUGCUGGGAACCCAGGAUUGCAGGCGAAUUGGACUUGGUGGGAGAGACUACAAGCGAACCGCACUAUGUGGAAGUGCGAGAUGGGAACUUAUUGCUGUACCCAGGGGUUGACGCCAUGGCGGCACCUGUUUGGAGGCUGCCCCUGCGAAGGUUGAACCUGCAACCCGCCGCGUCGGGACGGCUUCGAGCAUUUUGUCUCUCUAGGCGCGGUGAUCAAGCUCCUCUGGCCACAUUCCAGGUGGGCAGUGACUACGAGUACGAGCGAUGGGUGAAGAUACUGGUGGUUGAACUGAUGCGUCAGACGCCUCUGGACGCGGUGCGAUUCCUGGACAUUCUAGGCAUCACGGCCACGUUGCCAAGUCUCUCUCCCAGCAGUUCACCUCUUCCUCUGCGCAGAACGCACAGCGCAGACAGCGUCCAUCUUGACUCGUCAAGGCGCCAAGUGUGGGCCGCCGCGUCACCAUGCACCUCCAUCAAGGAAGAAGAUGUCGCCGAUCAAAAACAUUCACAGUACAUUGAGUGUAACAAUAAUAAUGAUACAAGUAGGAAUUUGUGGUGGACAGAUCAGUGUAAGAAAAAUGUUAGUUGUGAUGAGAGUAUGAGGACAGUUGAAGACCAAAGAAGUGUAGAUGAAACAGAUAGUUGUGAGUCGCCUCAACCUCGUCUGUCUCCUCCCCUACCAGACGUGGUGAGAGACCUGCCGCCCUGUGAGAGACGUUCGCGAGCGCGCACCAGGGCGGCCUCCCUGCGGGGACCAGCGAACCCCCGCGGAGCAAGCGCUGAGCCUCUCAGUUGGGCCGGACAAGAGGCAGUGGCGAGGCUGAUGGCUCGCUGCCAACAGGCCGACCACUACGUUCCCGUCAAAGACAAGAAGCUGCUGUUCGAGUCGCUGUGCCGAAAACGGCUCGUGUGCAGCUCGGACAACAUUGACACGUUCUCCGCGCCGUGCGGCGUGCCUCUCGGCGUGCAACCGCGCGCUCACUCGCUGCACGACUUGAGUCGCUGUCACAGCGCGCUGCCCGUCAAGCAGCUGUGCAGGUAUUUUGAGCGCGACUUCGGCAGCAAAGCCCGCCAAACUUCCAGCGCCGCCGAUCACAGACUACCCAAAGCCAAGCAGCUUCUUCAGAACUGCCAAGAGACAGUUCUUUCGAGAUUUCAGCGAUCGAGAAGUGAUGAAACUCAGGCAAGCAUUGAACAUAGAUUGGCGGAUGAAGAGAACUUUCGUGAUCGUAGCAGCGAAGAAACUGAAAAGCGGCAGCUUCAGCUUAAUAAUUUAGCAGUGAACCGGUUUGGAGUGACGUCGAUGGCGACCCCCAAGCGACACCACAGCGAUGUUCGCUGACCACCAAUCACAAUCGCCUUUUUGGCUACUAUUUUACACCAAAGCAUACCUUAAUUCAAAACUAUUUAUUAUUACACCAUGGUUGGCGAUAGGGCAGCCCUGAAAAUAUUACAAAAAUUCCAAUUUAGGACACUUGCAUGGUUUAUUUAGAAGGUUACAUGAAACUUCACAAAUAUUAGUUUUCUUAUCAAUAUUAAGGGUAAAACCUAUUUGAAUGGGGGCAUGGAACGGUCAAGAGAAACCAUACAAACGUGAGACCCUUCGGCAUGUAAGGGUGAGGGCACAUAUGCAACGUUUUCGUUCAACUUAUUUGGUGAGGAAUAGAGCAGAAGUGCAGAAGCGUUUCCUAUCUACCUGGCACAAGUUCAACCUGUCAUUAUUCUUUUUUGUUGGGUGAGUGCAAAAACAUGAAUUAUCAAAGUAUUUGUCCCAUUCAGGUUAUUUGAGAAUAAAAAUAGGAUAUGAACAUUGAAUUUCGAAGUGGAAAAAAAUCAAAUUUCUUAAGAUUUAGUAAAACAAGUAGUCAAGUAGAAUUGAUAGCAUUUUUAAUUUCUCACAUCUCAUGUUCUAAAUGUUUUGUGUCGAAAAGGUUUGCCCCAUCAUUAUUCUAUGCUCUCAAACUUUGUCCAGAUGUAUUGUCUACUAGGGGUAGAACCGUGGUAAUGAGGUAAACAAAAUAGAACUAUCAAUUCAAUUCAAUUUCCUUCAAAAUUCAACAGUUAUAAAGCUUGUUGCAGUAUUUACCUUGAUCUAGUAUAAAUAACUUCUAUCAACACUAACAAAAACAACUAAGGUACAAGUAGUGAAAAUAAAACAACUGACAUAAGGCAUAAGUGAAAAUCACUUGAACACGUCGACACAGGUUGAGGCAGAUAGGAAACGCUUGUCGCUUGUGUUCUAUUCCUCACCCGAAAAGUUGCUAAUGUGUCCGCCCGCGCCCUUCACCUGCCGAAAAGUCCAUUCAGAUAGGGUCCAUCCUAUCCUAUUGAUAAUCCAAGAUCGAUCCUAAUCCACUUUCCAGCUAUUAGCAAAAAAAUGACAGAUGUUCUCAAACAACCUUAUAAUUAUUGGUACUUCAAGCUUAUUCAUUUUUCAUAGAAAAUUGAAACAAUCUAUCAUAUAUUUAGAGUAGUAGACGUUUCAUAGCAUGGAAUGAAUUGUAAUUUUAGAGUCUGACCUCAUAUUCAAAAUACUUGAAAAUGUUUAAUUGUUUGCUAGAUCAUUGAGUAAAAUGUAGGCCUAUUGCUCAGAGGUGCCCGGGCUUCUCUAUCAUCAAACAUUGUACAUUGUACUAGAACUGUACCUUUUUCAACAACUUACGAUAGAUUUUAUAAAAUUGCUAUACAUUUAAAUGGCAUUAAAUUUCUUAAAAAACA